AUGCUGCAAAGAUCAUUAAGAGCACCGGCCUUUCGCGCCGCCCUCGCCAGUCUCUCUCCCCGCGCCACUCCAGCAUCUCUUCUCCCUCGCAUAUCAUCCUCUCUCGUACAGACGCGGCUCCUCUCUCAAGAAGUCCGCGCCGCCAUCGAUAGAGCCGUGGCCUCCGCACCAGUCGUGCUUUUCAUGAAAGGUACCCCCGAAACACCGCAGUGCGGAUUCUCCCGAACGUCGAUUCAGAUACUGGGCUUGCAAGGCGUGGAUCCGCGAAAAUUCACGGCUUUCAAUGUCCUGGAGGAUGACGAAUUGAGGAGUGGAAUCAAAGAAUACUCGGACUGGCCCACGAUUCCCCAGCUAUACGUCGACAAGGAGUUCAUCGGCGGCUGCGACAUCCUGAUCAACAUGCACAAGGACGGCAGUUUGGCGGAAUUACUGUCGCAGAAGAAAGUCAUCAUCACGGAGGACGGCGACGAGGAUGUCGAACCGACGCCAGCCGGAGGGGACAAGAGCGGCGGAGACGUGGAAGGCCACAAAGCACAAGAGGCGCGGGCAGAGACGGAGCAAAGCACCGGAGCGAGGUCGAAGGAAGCGAAGGGCGAGAGUUCGUGA